AAACUCGGAGAAAUUAAAAUGCAGAUAAUUUAGGACAAACAAAUUAAUAUUACAACAAACCAGUUGAGAAUCUUCUAAUUUUUUUGAAGUCGUUUAAAAAGGUCAAAAGAUCAUUGAAACUUAGCCAAAACCAAAAAGAAAAAAAUAUAUUAUUAUUUGGCAACACUCACGCCCGCCAUUUUAAAAAUUAACAAAAAAAACCAACGGACAAAAACGUUCGUGCCUGGAGUUUCAAGAUCGAUUUUACUUAUUUUUCGGCUAAUAUUGUAUUGAAUAAGAAUUUUUAUAUUUAUUAUUGUGGUGAUAGUGAUGGUCUAAGGCUGAUAAAGUGCUUUGUUGUGUAGUGCGUCGCAGUAAUUAGUGAAAAUGAAGGAUCCUUUUGCAUCCGACUCCGGUAUUGAUUCACCAGCUCGGGAAAGUCUGAAAAAUGUGGAAGGCUGUUACAGCAAGAACAUUUUUAAGACAAAGUCCUUCGCUAACUCACGUCGUGCCUUACAAUCCGGCGCUGAGAAAAUAUCCAGAACGUUUAGAAGCGUCCGAAAUACAUUCGGUAAUCUGUCACAGCAUUUCAGGCUUGGUGGGAGACGCAGGCAUCGUUUGACGGAGGCUGGAUCUCCGUGCAGGACGCCUUCCACUCCUGUUACCAAAAAAAAGCAGGUAUUAGGUAGAAGUCCUGCCAAGCUGUACAGCCCAUUUGGCAUUGAGACACCACACAGCCGCGACUUCCGAAUGUCCCCAUAUAUGCCGGACACUCCUGAUCAUGGGCUUUCUCCGAAGCGACGUAAAGGCGUGGCUCACUCGUGGCACCUUCUGGCCAAGAAGCGACCACGGGCACUAUUUCACUGAAUGCAGGCUCAAUAUAACACGCACAAUGUAACCCACCGCUUAUCGUAAGACUAGCUUUAUCUCAGAGGAUAUUAUGUAUGCGAAUGGUGCUAUAUUCAUAUAGUGUUUGUAUGAUGUGUCUCAAGGUUCACAAUGUUGGUAGAAUUUGUAACAUUUUUGUAAAUUCUGUAGCUAUCCUAGAAUUUUACAAGUCCAAUAAUGUACUUAAUAAUGUACUGAUUCCUUGAGAUAAUUAUACAGAAACUAAAAUUACGAGGCAAACAAUUAUUAUAUCAGAUUAAUUUUUAAAGUCAUUGAUUACUACACUGGACACCUCUUAUAUAAAAUACUUGCUUGGGGUCCAGGCAAUAUUUACAGACUGUAAAUUAUGUCAUAAAAAGGCAUCUAUUUCUUGUGCCCUUGUAGAAAUUCCGAUUUGAACUUGUAAAGGACAUAAAGGAAUCCUCAAUCACUAACUCCUACAUAAAUUUACAAAUGAAGUAACAGUCAGUAUUUGCUUUAGAUAGGAAGGAAUUAUAAAGUAUUAGCAGCUCGAAUUCAAAAGUGAGAUUAAAGUGCUUUUAUUAUACAGGUGUUAGUGACAUCGUAACGAAAACUGAGUUGAUAUCAAGUGGAUUUUCAAGGAAAAUUCCCCUCGGUAUUUGUUACGAUGUCACAUAUACCUUAUCUACUUGUAUGGCUAUUUGUAUGUACUUGUACAGAGUGUAAGUGACAUCUUAACAAAUACUGAGGGGGAUGAUUCAACUCAUUAUUCUGAGUUCAUAUCAAGUGGAAUUUUCCAUUGUUGUAUAGAGUUGAAAUUAAUUAAAAAAAAAAAACAAUACAUUAAUUUUGCGACGGAAAAUUCCACUAGAUAUUAACUCAGAAUCAUGGUCUGAAUCAUCCCUCAAAGUUUUCGUUAUGAUGUCACUAACACCCUGUGUAUUAUAAUAUUCACUAAGAAAGCCAAAUUAAAUCGUAUGCAGCAUGUUUACCAUUAUUCUUGAAUGUAUAAAGAUGCCUUAAGAAGCCAGGAGACUAUAUACAAUCUAAAUAAAAAGAAUUAGGGGUUUCUUUUUAUUACACUAUAAUAUGAUAAUGUAGAAACAUAAAGUUGGCCUACAACUAAUACACCAGAAUUAAAAGUAUUCAUGUUCACUCUAAGGUCGAAUCACAUCUAUCAGCAUGCUGCAGCGUGCUUAUGCGCGCUACCGCAAAUACUGUGAGCAAACAAAAUGCGAUCACGCGCAUUAGCAUGCCAUAGCACGCGUACGCGUACUGACCCACGCUAGUAGACACUGCCGCGUGCGGUUGCUCUUUCUCCCUCUAGCAUAUGACGGUUCUUAAUAACAGAAAAGGAUAGAAGUAUAAAAUAGUACGAUGAGGUGCUGAAAAAUGUGGUUUGACCCUUAUAAUAACUCAUGUACACAUAUCUUCAUAUGUAUUUGGGUCCAGUUCAUACCAUAACUGUAUGCAUUGGAUGUUAUAAGAAUAGAGAAUGAUGGAAGACUUAUACUACGCUUUGCUGUGACAAUAUUAGUCUGCUAUAUGCAUAGGAUAAGAUCAUACAAAUAUAUAUUGUUUUAAAAAUGGGUAUUUUAACAUACCCAUUUAAUAUUAAUGAGGAAUUUUUAGUAUGUGUUAGAUUUAGUUUAAUGUCUUGCAGCUGCAAUUUUUUUUUAGUUUUAGUCUUAAUAAUGUAAGACUGAGGAUGUAUAUUUUUACAAUGAGGCAUUUUUUUUACUUUGGUAGUCGUAUUUUUAAGAGAGAAAGGAGAACAGUAGAAGGGUUCUGAAACGGUCCAUAUGUUUGUAAAACAUCUGUGCUGAAAAUAUUCGUAGAUUGGAAUUCCAUUAAGUUAAAAUUAUGUUGGUGUUUGCCCAAAUCGACUCCAUUUAGUAGAAAUAUUAAAAGGUAAAGAGAAGUUUUGUGGCAUAUAGGUACUCAGCAUACAUAUUACCGCCAUGUCUGGAUUAUAUCGCGUUGAAAGCUGUUACGUGACGUCAAAAUGGCGGUUGUGUUAAUUUGACAGGACUAAAGUAGCUGCAUCUCUUUCUUGCACGUGUUGUAAGUGAAGGACGGCACGAAUUUAAGAGCUGUCAAAUGAGCGUCUGUUUUUUUUUACUGUUUCCGAACUCUUCACGUAAGGCUCUGACGCUCAUUUUGUAUUAUUUCGAGGCUGGAAUUAUGUGUAACUUAACGUGUAGCUAUUUAUUUAUAUAGUAAGUUUUUUAUCUUAACAGACGGUCCAUUUUAUAAUCAUGGUUUGACCUUAUUUCCACCUUAUAAUUUUGCAUUUAUUUAAAUUGCCUACUUUGAUCUGUGUAAGGCUAUUAUUACAGUAUUGACUUUAUACAAUAAUAAAUAACGAAUACAUUUUUAUAAACUGA